AAAGGGCUGCUACAGAGCCCCGCGACGCCGCCGCCCUAGUGAACGCCUUUCCAGUACUGCUAUCAGCAGCAGCAGCCCAACCACGCGUUACCGCACACUCGCGCCUUUCCUUUGACACGGCGGACGCCGGAGGAUUGGGGCGGCAGUUUGUCAUUUCCUUUUUUAUUAAAAUUAUUUUUCCUGCCUGUUGUUGGAUUUGGGGAAAUUUUUUGUUUGUUUUUUAUGAUUUGUAUUUGACUGAGAGAAACCCACUGAAGACGUCUGCGUGAGGUUUCCAGGGUACAAGAACAGAGACCACCGAGGCCGACUCGCGGCCGGUGCACCCACCGCCAAGGACAAAAGGAGCCCAGCGCUGCUAGCUGCAUCCGAUUCCUCCCAGUGCUUAGCAUGAAGAAGGCCGAAAUGGGACGGUUCAAUAUUUCCCCGGAUGAAGACAGCAGCAGCUACAGUUCGAACAGCGACUUCAACUACUCCUACCCCACCAAGCAAGCUGCUCUGAAAAGCCAUUAUGCAGAUGUAGAUCCUGAAAACCAGAACUUUUUACUUGAAUCGAAUAUGGGGAAGAAGAAGUAUGAAACAGAAUUUAAUUCUCUUGACGUUUGUGUCAAUAUUUUCCCUGUAUUCUGUUCAUCUCCUUUUAAAGACUGCCAAUGAAGGAGGGUCUUUAUUAUAUGAACAAUUGGGAUAUAAGGCAUUUGGAUUAGUUGGAAAGCUUGCAGCAUCUGGAUCAAUUACAAUGCAGAACAUUGGAGCUAUGUCAAGCUACCUCUUCAUAGUGAAAUAUGAGUUGCCUUUGGUGAUCCAGGCAUUAAUGGACAUUGAAGAUAACACUGGAUUGUGGUAUCUGAACGGUGACUAUUUGGUUCUGUUGGUGUCAUUGAUACUCAUUCUUCCUUUGUCGCUGUUUAGAAAUUUAGGAUAUUUGGGAUAUACCAGUGGCUUUUCCUUGUUGUGUAUGGUGUUCUUUCUGAUUGUGGUCAUUUGCAAGAAAUUUCAGGUUCCGUGUCCUGUGGAAGCUGCUUUGAUAAUUAAUGAAACAAUAAACACCACCUUAACACAGCCAACAGCUCUCGUACCUGAUUUGUCACAUAACGUGACUGAAAAUGACUCUUGCAGACCUCACUAUUUUAUUUUCAACUCACAGACUGUCUAUGCUGUGCCAAUUCUGACCUUUUCAUUUGUCUGUCAUCCUGCUAUUCUUCCCAUCUAUGAAGAACUGAAAGACCGCAGCCGUAGAAGAAUGAUGAAUGUGUCCAAGAUUUCAUUUUUUGCUAUGUUUCUCAUGUAUCUGCUUGCCGCCCUCUUUGGAUACCUAACAUUUUACGAACAUGUUGAGUCAGAAUUGCUUCAUACCUACUCUACUAUCUUGGGAACUGAUAUUCUUCUUCUCAUUGUCCGUCUGGCUGUGUUAGUGGCUGUGACCCUGACAGUACCAGUAGUUAUUUUCCCAAUCCGGAGUUCUGUAACUCACUUGUUGUGUGCAUCAAAAGAUUUCAGUUGGUGGCGUCAUAGUCUCAUUACAGUGUCUAUCUUGGCAUUUACCAAUUUACUUGUCAUCUUUGUCCCAACUAUUAGGGAUAUCUUUGGUUUUAUUGGUGCAUCUGCAGCUGCUAUGUUAAUUUUUAUUCUUCCUUCUGCCUUCUAUAUCAAGUUGGUGAAGAAAGAACCUAUGAAAUCUGUACAAAAGAUUGGGGCUUUGUUCUUCCUGUUAAGUGGCAUACUGGUGAUGACCGGAAGCAUGGCCUUGAUUGUUUUGGAUUGGGUACACAAUGCACCUGGAGGUGGUCAUUAAUUGGCACCACUCAAACUCAGUGCAUCUGAUGCCAGUGUUGAGUAAACUCAACUACUAUGAAAUUUCACCUAAUAUUUUCAGUUUCACUUCCUUUUGAAGUGCAGAUUCCUCGCUGGUUCUUCUGAGUGCAGAAUAAGUGAACUUUUUUUUUUUUUUUUUUUUUUUUUUGUUAAAGAAACUUAUCUGUAUGUUAGAAAUGGAUAUGAACAACAAAACCACGAGUCUCGGGUUAAGGGAAGUGACAAUUUUAUUCCAUUCCAGAGAAUGGACGAACUCUUAACUUUUAUCAAGCCACAUGCUUGGCUGUGUCAUUGUUUAACUUGGAUAUUUUAUGAUUUUACUUGAAUGUGCCUAAUGGAACCAUUCGAUGUGAGAAAUAAUUCUUCUUAAUUUACAGCAAAGUAUUGAAUAACCAUUGAGAAAAACACUAUUAUUUUUUGUACCAAAAAUACUUAAAGACCUCAGAAGCACUCUUUUACUUUUAAAAAAUUGCUUUUUUUGAACUUUAUUCAGAAGCAGUUAUCAAUAAAUUCCAUAAAAUAAUUUCAUUGGUAUUUAAAAAUGAAUAUUAGUAUAAUGAAAUGAUUUGCCUUUUUGUAGGCAUAAUAAGCCAAAUACUUUUUUACCCAAAAUAAUUUUUAGAGAAAAUGAUGUAAUGAAAAAUUGUACCAUGAAUUAGGAGCGUAGUUUUUUUCCAUUUAAAUGUCACCAUUACUUAAAAGAUGAUUGAUUGAUUAUUGCUAUACCAAAUCAGAUGAACCCUGUUCAUCACUUUUCUUCUCUGUCCCCAAACAAUUUGGUUCGAGACUGAAAUGUUUGUGUCUUCAGCAUAUUAGAAUGGAAGAUAAUACAGAUAUUUCUGUGGGAAAUAAAAUAACUAAUUUUGAGGUACCAAAUAGUGCAAUUGGGUAAAACAGGGUUUAUUCAGUUGCAUCUGUCUCCAGUGUUGUAUUGACAGCUCUGGGUAUUUUUUUGGGCCAGCCCUUUUUUGACAUUGCUUCCAGCAGUGGAAAAUGGGCAUUUGAUGGCAGUAGGCCAAAAUUAUUGUGUCCAGAGAGUACACUUUUUCAAAAUGCUCACCUACUGGAAGUGUGAAUUACUUGACAAUGUAUGGCUUAGUUGUGUUCAUGUUUUGUCUACAGUAGAGGUCUAAUCCACAGGGUACACCUAUGUUUGGUAAGAUAUAAGUUCUCUUUGUGUAAGCCACUGGGUUUCUCAUGCAGUAAGCUUUAUAAAAACUCAUUUGCACUGGACUGUCAUCUCAUUCUUGUACAACGUAGAAUUACUUGUUUACAUCCAACAAAUGGUUAGCUAGGGAAAACAGUGCAAACUGAGUGUUAGUCGUUUUGGUCCAACUGCAUGUCAACCCUUCCAUUUCAAUCCUGGUUAGAAGUGAAAAUAAUUACUUUGAAACUUGGCUUUAAGAGCACAUUUAUCAUAUGUCACAGUGUAUGGUGAAUAUAUUAUUAAAAUAACGUGGUACUUUGCUCAUCAGGCAUAAUGUCUAAAAUCUAAUAUACAUAAUUCCAUUAAGUGGUUGAGGGAAGCAAAUAAUGGAAUUGUCGAUUGGUCAUCUGGCUCUAAGGUUUGCCCUUGAACUAAAAAUGUUGAGUUUGGGGCAAGGGCCAGAAAUAUGGCAGACGUGGUUUUUGUUACGCAUUCUUGUAUUAUAUGUGACUAAAUUAACAAACAAGAUACAUGUGUAAGGACCCUUAUGGAACUGGAA